UACAUGCUGAGAUGGACGGUAGUUUGGAGGAUCUCGAACUUAGGGAGGCGCAGAGAGAGUAUUUGGACUUUCUGGAUGAUGAUCAAGACCAGGGCGUUUAUCAUGAGAGGGUCAGAAGUAUGGUCUCUGACAACAAAAGUCGCCUCAUUGUGAACAUGAAUGACCUGCGGAGGAGGAACGAGAAGAGGGCCAGUGCCUUGCUGAAAGAUGCGUUUAGUGAACUUAUAGCCUUCCAGAGAGCUUUGAAGGAUCUGGUAGCUUCCAUUGAUGCAACGUAUGCCAAGCAGUUUGAAGAUUUCCAUGUGGGGUUCCAGGGCAGCUUUGGCACAAGGCAUGUGUCUCCACGCACCCUCAGCGCUUUGUAUCUUGGAAACCUGGUUUGUGUGGAAGGAAUUGUCACCAAGUGUUCUCUAGUCCGUCCCAAGAUCAUGCGUAGUGUGCACUACUGCCCUGCCACUAAGAAGACACUGGAGCGCAAAUACACUGAUCUCACCUCGCUCGACGCCUUCCCCUCCAGCGCCAUAUACCCAACCAAGGACGAGGAGAACAACCCACUGGAGACAGAGUAUGGCCUGUGUGCCUACAAGGACCACCAGUCCAUGACCAUCCAGGAGAUGCCUGAGAAGGCUCCGGCCGGCCAGCUUCCCCGCUCGGUUGAAAUCAUCGUCAACGACGACCUGGUGGACACCGUCAAACCAGGGGACCGUGUACAGCUGGUAGGAGUUUACCGCUGCCUGCCUGCCAAGCAGGGAGGCUUCACCUCUGGCACUUUCAGGACUACUCUGCUUGCCAAUAAUAUUAAACUGAUGAGCAAGGAAAUUGUGCCAACCUUUUCAGCCGAUGACAUAAACAAGAUUAAGAAGUUUUGUAAAGCCCAUCCUAAAGAUGUGUUUGAGCACCUAAGUCGUUCGCUGGCCCCCAGUAUUUACGGUCACGAGUACAUAAAGAAGGCCAUCCUUUGUCUGCUGCUGGGGGGCAACGAGACCAACCUGGAGAACGGCACACGCAUCCGUGGGGACAUCAACAUACUGCUGAUUGGUGACCCAUCAGUGGCUAAGUCCCAGCUGCUGCGAUAUGUUCUCUUGACGGCCCCGAGGGCCAUACCAACUACAGGACGGGGGUCGACCGGAGUGGGUCUGACGGCAGCUGUGACUACAGACACGGAAACCGGUGAGCGGCGCUUGGAGGCCGGGGCGAUGGUGCUGGCGGACAGAGGGGUGGUGUGCAUCGACGAGUUUGACAAGAUGUCCGACAUGGACCGCACUGCCAUCCACGAGGUCAUGGAGCAGGGUCGGGUGACCAUCGCCAAGGCCGGGAUCCAGGCCAGGCUGAACGCUCGCUGCAGCGUGUUAGCCGCCGCCAACCCCGUCUACGGAAGGUACGACCAGUACAAGACGCCCAUGGAGAACAUUGGGCUCCAGGACUCGCUGCUGUCGAGGUUUGACCUGCUUUUCAUCGUUCUGGAUCAGAUGGACCCGGAGAUCGACAAGGAGAUUGCGGACCAUGUGCUUCGCAUGCACCGGUACCGAGCCCCGGGGGAACAGGAGGGAACAGCCAUGGCCCUGGGAAGCACUGUGGAUGUGUUUACCACGGAGGACCCCAACAUCACCGAACAAGCCGAGCACGAGCUCCAGAUUUAUGAGAAGAAGGAAAAUGUCCUCUAUGGAAAUCGCCGGAAAAAGGAUAAGGUUGUUACCAUGGAGUUCAUCAGAAAGUACAUCCACGUGGCCAAGCUCGUGAAGCCAAUCCUUACCCAGGAGGCCUCAGACCACAUAGCCGAGGAGUAUGCUCGGCUUCGUAGUCAUGACCAAGCCAACUCCGAGUCUGCCAGGACGAUACCGGUAACGGCUAGAGCCUUGGAGACAAUGAUCCGAUUGGCCACGGCCCAUGCCAAAGCUCGCAUGAGUAAGACCACCGAGCUGGCAGAUGCAGAGGCUGCCCUCGAACUCAUCCAGUUUGCAUACUUUAAAAAGAUCCUUGAAAAGGAGAAGAAGCGGAAGGUUCCAGAUGACAGUGUGGAUCUCAGCCAGUCCCAGAGCCAGUCCCAGUCCCAGAGCCAGGGGCUAGCCAGCCAGAGGACCACCAGGACUCGCCACCAUGCGUCCAAAGAUGACAUGGAUGUGACUGGUGCAGAGUCCGACCCUUACAACUUCAGUGGAGACGAGGGCGACAGUCAACCCAGCCUCAAGCCCAAGCCUGUCUCUCAGAGCAUGAAGAAGACCGACCUCACCCAAGACAGGAUGAAGAUUUUUAAGACAGCCCUGCUGAAAGCCUUCAAGACCACACGGUCCCAGUCUGUUGCUGUGAGUGAGCUCCUGACCCUGGUCAAUGAGACCGCUCACGGUCAAGACUACACGUUCGAGGCCCAGGAGGUCAAUCAGCUGCUGGCUCGCAUGCAGGAGCAGAACCAGGUGAUGAUGUCGGAGGGUGUGGUCUUCCUCAUCUGAGACCACAAGUGCACCUUAUGGUCUGGCUUACCUUCCCAACCAAUUACAGUCAACAACAACAGAUUUGUGAUCUGUCAAUCUGAAUUUUGUUCCAAUAAAAUGUCUCAGCAU